UCUCACAUUCUUGACUAAGCUUUUAUUUCGAAUUAAACUUCAAAAUUAUAAUUCAAAAUUAAAAGUUCUGUUUUAAUUGCUGAUCAAACAUUUGAAAAUGUCUUUUAAUCCUCCGGAGUUAUUGUAUAUGUUUGAAUUUGUUAUUGAUGAUUUGGUGAUAAUACGCAAAAAUUACUGUGCUCCCGAAGAAUACCCCACCUGUGUGGAGUUCGUUUUCCGUUCGAACGUCUGUGUGACCAUUUGUGAUCGUGAGUAUGGAGCUUGUUUAGAUAGAACGAAGCCGAUGUGCGGCAAGUGCUGCAUCUUUCCUAUGAGUGGCAAAAUCGACGAUGAUGAACGACUUCAGAUAAGCGUCUAUAAGAAGCGCUCGGAUUGCUGCAAAUUUCUGAUUGGAAUGGCCGAGAUGAAAGUCAAGCCUCUCUUUGAUUACCUUAAUGAAAUUGAUAAGCAGGAAACGAAUUGGCUGGAUAACGACGUUUCAUUUGACCUGCCAGAAUUCGGGAGUAACAAAAGCCACGUUUUGGACAUGGGCGAAUGUUUUGACGCCGAACGACGCCGCGCGGAGCAGCUCUGCCCCAGCUUAGUCAAUUCGAAAAAAAUGCUACCCAUUUUCAAUGCCUACAAUCAGCAGAUUGGCAACAUUAUGCUCUUAUUGCGUCUACUUUGCCAUGGACCCCGUAUCGUAGCGGAGAUCUAUAAAAAGGGUACCAGGAUGGUCGGUGCGCCACGCCGUCCCAGUCGGAACAUCUGUUAUGUUCCGCCUGCAGAACGCGGUGAUCAUGUACAUCCAAGGGCCUAUCGCUACUUUGCUAAAAAUACCGAUAAGUUGUGUCCUUGCGAAAUCUGCGAGGACGAGCUUGAUCGAGAAUGUCCCACUGUACCAGCGAAAGUCUUUCCCAAGAGAAUUGUCAGGUAUCAGAAACCUUGUAAGGAAUGUGUUGGCGUUUCAGUGUUUCCCACCUUCGUUUCCCGCGAUAAUUUGCCGGGAAAGGUCCAAAGCAUAAAGGAAUUUCAAGGCAACGGCUGCCACGGAGAAUCCGACAGUACUUCUGCUUAAUGCCAGGAAAUGUUUUGAAAGUUUAAAUCAAAUUGUUUGUAUUGAAAUUUUGUUUUUGAUUUUUAUAAAUGUACCAUGAACUAAGC